GUGACCACUUCCCUAAAAUCCAGGAUGGUUUCGCCAUCCAUGAUCUUGGCUCGCCGUUUGGCCGCCGAAGAGAAACCUUCUACGACACCUGACGCGCUUUCUAUAGAGCUUCCUUCCUCCGCUCGCUCUUCGUCGAGAUGGUGCGUAUGUCGCUCGAGAUAUGAUUUCUGAUCCGACCACAACAAUGUCAACACAGCUGGAGAAUGUCACCACCGAAACUUGUCAGGACUGGAUGCUCAAUGGAGCAAUACCCGAGGCGGACACUGAAAUCUCAGGCAUCGGCGCGAUAUUGGCCUUCCUUCUGAGUGCAUACAUCACGUUCGCCAUUGUGUUGAUCUCAUAUCUUCUGGGCUCUAUUGACACAAGCCUUUUGCGUCCGGUGGAUCUCUACGUCCAUAGAUUGCCAUCUCAGCGACGGACAAGCAUAUCAUGGCACAAAGCGCUGCACCAGUGCGUGCUGCUACUGAGCGAUCAACAAAUUGUCACUGGAAUAGCUGUCUGUAUGGCUGGAUUUAUUGCACUGCAUGGUCGUAUAUCUGUCUAUCACUUCCAGAUUGUGAUCAUGCUGGCCUGGAUGUCAAGCUCCGUCCAUCUGUCGGCACUCACGAUGCUAGGAGAGUACUUUCGGAAGAGACCUGGAGUGCUAGGCUGGCGCAUCGUUGGAAUGCUAGUUCUUCUCAUCCUUCUCUUAGCGGCACUGGCACCGACCAAUUCGAACCUAUGGGCUACCCAGUGGACGCCGGACAGUGAGCAUUAUGAAAAGACUAGUUGGGCUAUCCCAGCUAAAUGCUUCUUCUUUCACACCUGGGGUGAGGGUGUGAAUCCGGAUGCACCUCUUUCAUAUCUCAUCCUGACUUUGUCCUACAUUUGGAAAAUUGGUGCCUUAUUUCGAAGCUCAAGGAAUGUGUUCCAUCGACGUGUCCGCGGACCUUAUGAGUAUUUCUUAGAGCGAAUUCUGCACAAAGAAGCCAUCAAGGCAUCGAAAUGUCGCGGUAAACGUAGGCUAAGCUGGAUAUACUAUGCGACCAUGGUUGUAUACAUCAUACUUUUGGCAUUGUUCGAGUUCAGCGCUUCGUUCGCCGCAUCGCUGUGGCUGUCUUAUGUUGGUCUUGUAUACGGUACAAUUCAGAUCGUAAUCCCGCGCCAGCAAAAUUCUUGGUGGAACAGCAAAGAGAACUCCUGGACUUUUGGUCAGAUAGUUCCGUUGGUGCUGUUGAUCCAACCCAUCGGAGCAAUACUCGAAAAUUACAGAAGCCGAAAUCACAAGGCUAGUUCCGAUCAAGACUCAUUGGCCAGCGAAGAAGAAGCAUAUGAGCUCAAUCUCUCACUCGACAAUGCCCUUUCGUCUAGCCGGAGUAUUCCAAACAGUCUGACCUUUUCGGAAACAUUCGCUGCACUCGAAGUAAUCAGACCGUCUGCACGCUCAUUGGAAGUACUGGAGCACCAAAUGCCAUUCUAUUCGUCAGCUUUGUUCACUACCUUGAUCGCCUGGAUACAGGUCGGCAUAGCAGUCAUUUCAGGCGUAGUAUUCUGGAUAGAUGCUGACAGUAUUGGCUAUGUCUCAAGCCACAACUACUACUUUGUUUUGAUCGGCUUAGGAGGGUUCUCCGGUGUCAUGAUCAUCUGGACUCUAGGUUCUAUACCUUUGAGUCGGGUGUUCAAGUGACCGAUUCAACCAAGACAAUAUUCCGACGCUCUUGAUAAAACUCCAGUAGCGAAUAUGCAUUGAGUCGCGAUGUGGCAUCCAAACCUAGAAAGAGCUUUCGAGAGCGUCG